AUGGUAUAUAAAAAAUUAUUGAUUGUGAAUACUUUCUUAUUCAUUGUAAUGGAUUUGGCUAUGAUUUCAAUCUUGCUUUUUUAAUCGUUUGAGGACGGACUAGGUUAGUUAUUAACGAUUUCUCUGAUGGUUGGAUUUGGAUUAUUUGUAAUGUUACAACAACUACUAGUAUUUGUUGAAUGGCAAGUCGAUAUGAAAUACAAAUUGAAUUUGGUUUCAUCUUUGGGAAAGAUAGUGAUUGUUUGGAUUAUGGAUGUCAGGCUGAGCACCAAUCAAAACCUUCUAAUCCUAUUUUAAAUUUACAUGACCUAAGAAAGUUACAAAAGAAAAUCGCUACAAUAUUCAUUUGCUUGUAUGAUGAUUCUAAAUUUAUUCGAAUUCAACAAUUUUAUUAAUUUAGGAUAUGAUUAACUCAUAAACUUCAUGCAAAUUGUUAUUUGGAUAGUCUAAAAUUUGUAUUAAGGGAAAUUGUCCGAGGGAGAUAAACUUCAGCAAUCCUUUGCUCAAGUCUCAACUGGAGGGGGGUAAAUAUAACAAACCUUUGCGAUCAUCCAAGAAUCCAGAAGAAGCAUGCCGAUGAUAAAUUCGUUGAAGAUGAUGGACGACGAACCAUGGCUAGAUUAUAAAUGGUUAUCAUACGAGAAAUACUUAGUCAUGGGAGCAGAUUUAAAAAUGAAGUUCUACAGUUUCGAUCUUAAAAUAUUUGACAAAUCGAUUGAAUCCACAGAUGACUAGGAAGAAAUAGUGAAUCACCUAUUGGAUUAGGGAGUAAAGUUUAUCUCAAGACUAGACAACAGUCAGCAAUCGCUUGUGUCUUAAAAAGGAGUUGUGACUUUGAGGUAGGUCUUGGAGAACCAGUUGUAAACUCAGAUUAAUUCUGAUUAUUAUUAUUAGACAUUCCAGAUGCAAGGACAAGUCUUCGACAUUCAGAAGUAUUUGAUAAACGUCUUCGGUUUGAUGGGCAGAAGAUAAAUGUAUUAUAUAAUGCAUUUUCAACUUGUUCCUAAACUCACCAUCGAGAUCAACAACAACGUUUUCGACAUGUGCAAAUCCCUAUCUCACGAACUAGGAACCAAUCUCAAUUGCAUCCAAAGCUUAUCAGAAAUUGCCCUCUAAAAGUCAUCAAUCACACAAGAUGUCAAAGACAACAUUGUCUAGCCAAUCCUAUCCAAUAGUCAGUAAUUGAAUUUGAUCAUCUCCAACAUCAGAGAUUAUAGUUCAAUUGAAACUGAUCAAUUCUAUCUGAGUCUAUCAACAUUCAACAUUCGGGAGUAAAUCCAAGAAAUCGUAGACUUCUUCCAACCCACUUGCCAAUAAAAAGGAAUCGAAUUGAUUUUACCAACAGAAUCUUUUCCCAUAUUCAAUGAUCGCGAUCGAUUUCGUUAAGUGAUCUUUCAAUUAGUGUCUAAUGCUGUUCGUUUUACCAUCACUGGCAGUAUCUAAAUAUUGAUCAAACAAAAGGAGUAUUCUUAUGAAAUCAUGGUCAAGGAUACUGGAAUUGGCAUGGGUUUUCAAGAGGAGAGUAAUUUGAGGAGAAUCUUAGAGCAACGGAUAAUGUUGAGAGUCUCUGACAAUAGUAUAGGAUCAAGUCUUGGACUCUUUAUAAGCAAUUUACUUGUUAAAAAAUUGAAUGCUGAUGAAGAUUGCAAAAUUCAAUUCACUUCAAAUAAAUCUGGCUCAUGUUUUUAUUUCUUCAUUAAAAAUAUGACUGAAUUCAAAGAUAACAUCGAAAAACUACAAUCUAAUUUUCAUAGAACCAUUGUCAAAUUUCAAACUAUCAAUUCAUAUUAUGAAAACAUCAAUGAUGUACAAAUCAAGUUCAGCUAAGCCACUUUUAAAUCUAUUUUCAGUGGACAAUCCAAUCUAGACGAUGGCAAUCUCACUGUUUAUUCCAAAGAAUUCGAUGAAAACAAAUAGACUCUUCAACCUAUACAAUCUAUUAUACCCCAACUCUAAGAUACUAUUCAAGCCUAUUCGCUAAAGAGCACUUGCUGUCCAAGAGUCCUAAUUGUUGAUGACGAAUACUUCAAUAUUAUGGCCUUAUAGAUGUUAAUGUCUUAAUACUCUGCCAUCAGUGAUAAAGCCUAUAAUGGAAUGGAGGCACUCGAACUAAUAAACAACAAAUUAGUCAAACCCUGUCCCAAAUGCCAAAAUUGCUGGUAUUAACUGAUCUUCCUUGAUAUCAACAUGCCCAUCAUGGGUGGAAUUGAAACAGUCAGAGUUAUCAAAAGAAUGAUGCAAAAUCGAAUCAUUAAAAAGGUGUACGUCAUUGCCAACACAGGCUUCAGUGAUCUGGAAACUAAGGAGAAGGCCUAUGAUGCUGGUAUAGAUUACUUUAUGACUAAACCCUUGAACAUAGCUACUUUCAAGAGCAUAGCAACCAAAAUAUUUCCAAGAGGAUGA